AGGAAGUGGAAGAGUCGACUGUUUCCACUUUCCCUCUGGAGAAGUGACGGGAACCCGCGGCGGAGUGGACACACUCUCGCUGGCUUCUCCGUGAAGUUGACGUGUCCGUGGAUCCGGCUCCUCGCUCUCCGACAGGACGGAGGGAGACUUUCCAACGACUCACACUUUUAUUCACAUCGUGACGCCAUCUUUUUGUGCGCACACCUCGCGCGGGAUACGACUCCGUGACUCCAGGACACGAGCUGCUGCGAUGCGUUCGCCCGGAACAAGGGGACUUACGCUGUAAAGGGACAUUUCCACACAAAGGAGAGGAGACUUGCUGAAUUAAACUUCCCACCAUUUCUCCCGGAGGCGGAGAAGGAGCACCCGUGGGCGCCGGUUUGGUCUGAAACAGCCGACUCAACCCGCCGCUGUGCAACCGCUGGACGGGACGCGGGCAGAAGAGGAACAGGACAUGUUCGGACACCUGAAGUUGCAGGUCGGGAGGUCAACGGCGAUGUCAGGGGUCCGAGGUUUUGGGAAAUGAUUCCUGGCUGCACCGACGGCAAAAUAAUGGUCAGAAGAUGUCUAGUGACGUUCAAGCCGUUCAGGAUAUUCGUGGUGGGUAUAGGCUUCUUCAGCCUGUGCUUUCUAAUGACCUCUCUGGGGGGGCAGUUCUCAGCCAAGAGACUGGGGGACUCCCCCUUCACCAUCCGCACAGAAGUGCUGGGGGGUGUGGAGUCACGUGGUGUGCUGAGGAAGAUCAGUGACAUGCUGGAGGUGAUUCUGAAGAGAAUGGACAGCCUGUCCAAACUCGACAACACCUCCACCACCGAUGCACGGCGUCUGGAUGAGCUCAGCUCUGCUAUCAACAGGUUUCAACCAGCCGGCCUGGUGGAGAGGAUCCAAGCUAUAGCCCAGAACGUCUCCAACAUGGCCAUCAGGGUGGAGCAAAUACUGCAAAACAGCAUGGUGCAAGGAAGAGCAAUCAGAGAUGGGACGUCAAGCCAGUGUGACGUGCCAAGAGACCCACGCUUCCCAGAGUGUCCUGGGAAAGUAGAUUGGAUGCGUGCCCGUUGGACGUCAGACCCUUGCUAUGCCUUCUAUGGCGUUGACGGUUCAGACUGCUCCUUCCUCAUCUACCUAAGCGAGGUGGAGUGGUUCUGCCCCCCACUGGCCUGGAGGAACAACAGCAGCCCCCCCACACAACAUGCACAGCUGCCAAAAGCCCCCAAGAGACAGGCUGCUUUCCGUACAGACCUCUCUGUACUUCUGGACCAGGUUGGGACAGGAAAGGAGUCCCUCAGCUUCAUGAGGCGCCGAAUCCGCCGCCUCGCACAGCAGUGGGCGACGGCCGCCAACCGCCUGGAUGCUAAGCUGGAGCAGAGAUGGAGGGACCAGAAGAAGAUCCUGGUCCAUGUCGGCUUCCUGACGGAGGAGUCUGGAGAUGUCUUCAGCCCCAAGGUGCUGAAGGGGGGUCCGUUGGGAGAGAUGGUCCAGUGGGCUGACAUCCUCACAGCUCUCCACGUCCUGGGACAUAACCUGAAGAUCUCCAUGUCUGUCAAGGAGCUGCAGGGGUUUCUCGGAGUGCCUCCAGGCAGAGGCAGUUGCCCACUCACUGGCCCGUUGCCCUUUGACCUCAUCUACACGGACUACCACGGCCUGCAGCAGAUGAGGCAACACAUGGGGCUCUCGCUCAGAAAACACAAAUGUCACAUCCGAGUGAUUGACACCUUUGGGACGGAGCCAGCGUACAAUCAUGAGGAGUAUGCAACCCUGCACGGCUACAGGACCAACUGGGGUUACUGGAACCUGAACGCCAGGCAGUACAUGACCAUGUUCCCCCACACACCAGACAACUCUUUCAUGGGCUUCGUUUCCGAGGAGCUGAAUGAGACAGAGAAGAGGAGCAUCCAGCAGAACAAAGUCAACAACAUGGCCGUUGUGUAUGGAAAAGAGGCCAGCAUGUGGAAGCUUCAGCAGGGUAAGGAGGGUUUCCUGCAGAUUCUCCACAUGUACAUGGAGGUCCACGGCACAGUGUACUAUGAGACUCAGAGACCUCCGGAGGUUCCAGCCUUUGUGAAGAACCACGGCCUGCUGCCCCAGCAUGAACUGCAGCAACUACUGCGCAAGGCCAAGCUCUUUAUUGGCUUUGGUUUCCCCUACGAAGGUCCCGCCCCUCUUGAAGCAAUAGCCAAUGGCUGCAUUUUCCUCCAACCCAAGUUCCACCCGCCUCACAGCUCGCUCAAUCACGAGUUUUUCAGAGGCAAACCCACUUCUAGAGAGGUGUCGUCCCAACACCCAUAUGCAGAGCAGUACAUUGGCAAACCUCAUGUCAUGACAGUGGACUACAACAACUCCCUGGAGUUUGACUCGGCCAUCAGGGAAAUCAUGAGGACCAAGGUCGAGCCGUAUCUGCCUUAUGAGUACACCUGUGAGGGGAUGCUGGAGAGAGUACAUGCCUACAUACAGCAUCAGGACUUCUGUGCCCCAGAGCCUCCUUUCAAUCCAGCCAACCUCUCCAAACAGGGGUCUGCUGGUGGCAGCAGGACAGCAGGACCUCUGUUCGUGCCCAUGCCCAAUUCCACCGCCCUCGGUUGGUCAUCCAGUGUGACGGCUCCGCCUGCCUGGCCUCCUCUCAGGUCCCUCAGGCUGCUCGUAUCUCAAGAGGGCCAGUCCUGUGUGGAGGCAUGCCAGUCAUCUGGGUUCAUCUGUGAGCCCGCCCACUUCCGCUUCAUCAACAACAAGGAGGCGCUGCAUGGGUUGGAGGUGCAGUGCGAUGUGGUCGACUCGGAGAUCAACCACAUCCUUCCCGCCUUCUCCGUGAUGCGGAAGGAGUGUGGCCUCCAGCGGGAUCCCCUCCUCUUCAGCUGUGCAGGUCACUCCCCCAAAUACAGACGACUUUGCCCCUGCAGAGACUUCCGCCAUGGGCAGGUGGCGCUGUGCAGAGACUGUUUAUAAUGACAGGGCAUGUGAGGGGCAGACAUAAGAAUCAGACAGAUAGGCGGGGCAAAGGACACUGCGAGGCAGCCUCAGCCAGAGCAGGUGAGACACGUGAGCUGAUGGUGCAGUGACGCAGCCUCCCCACUGAAACUGUAGGAGGAUGAGGAACGGGCAUGCAAUGUUUUACAGUCGGCCUGGAUAGGUGCCGGUUUGAUUGUAGUUGUUAAAGCAGUUGUUCUACUGUAACAGGCUGGAGACGUAUAGAAGCGAGGCUUCUUAGAACAGGGUAGCAUGAUACCAGGUGUCAGUACAUGAGGGAAGUUUACUUCACUGAAGAGUAAAGGCUGGGUUACAUCUCUCCAAGCCAACCAACGUUUACAACAACCUUCCGACUACAGAAUAACAGUUCCUACAAGAUGUGAGACACAACUUUUCAUUUUCUGAACUGAAAUAAGGGGUUUAAGUUGGAAAAUGUACAACUUACAUGACUGCAGAGAAACUCGGUAUCAGUACCGCAGUUUCAAAUCCAUGACAGAGUCCUCAAAUAUCGCAACUCGGAGAAGGCAACCUCGGGUCAAUAUCCAAUCUCCUCUCGGCACUUGGACAAAGGAUGAUGGACAGCUGGUUAUCUCCCUGACUCUUCCCUCCCUCCUCCAGUGACGGAUGGAGUCAUUUAUCUGACUGAACCGCAAGACUGAGGCAACGUUGGUCAAUGCAAUCAUCUCUGGUCACAAAAACAGAGAGACGCAGGACAGAGGACAAAGAUAAAGGCUACAAGAUUAUUUUUCAAUAAAUAAGCCUUCAGAGCUCUCAGAGGGAUUUUUAAAGAGUCCUGCCAGGCUUCAUGUUGGAAAACAAAAAUCAUAAAAUAAAAAAAUCUGAACAGAU